AAGGAUUUCUUCAUAAGACCUUCAUACGUCAUGCCCAGUGCAGCCUGAAGGCGAGCGUCUCGCAGCUCCAGGGGGUAUAAAGGAAUGUCAUUUUUCCUCACAGUACAGUUCACGCUGAAGCUGACCAGCAUGAAGGUCUUGGCAGCAGCAGCAGCCCUUGUCAUCCUUGCAGCCACUGGUAGUGCUGAACCUCUUCCGGAAGCUGACCCAGGUUUCCGGGACUUUGGAGGUCAUGGUGGAGGAUUCAACAGAAGACUUGGUGGCUACCGUGGCAAGAGAAGUGCUGUGGCAGAGGCUCUGGCUGAUGCAGAUCCUGAGCCUGGCUUUAGGCGUUAUGGUGGGAUUGGCGGAUUAGGUGGGGGCUUUAGAAGAUUCACAGGCGUUGGCCGCGUUCACCACUAUGGAAAGAGGAGUGCUGAGGCAGAUCCUGUGCCUGGAUUUAGGCAUUAUGGUGGGAUUGGUGGUAGCUUUGGAGGAAUCGGUGGUGUUAGCCGCGUUCACCACUAUGGAAAAAGGAGUGCUGAGGCAGAUCCUGAGCCUGGAUUUAGGCAUUAUGGUGGGAUUGGUGGUGGCUUUGUAGGAUUCAGUUGUGCUGGCCGUGUUCACCACUAUGGAAAAAGGAGUGCUGAGGCAGAUCCUGACCCUGGAUUUAGGCAUUAUGGAGGGAUUGGUGGUGGCUUUGGAGGAUUCAGUGGUGCUGGCCGUGUUCACCACUAUGGAAAGAGGAAUGCUGAGGCAGAUCCUGAGCCUGGAUUUAGGCAUUAUGGAGGGAUUAGUGGAUUAAGUGGUGGCUUUGGAAGAUUCACAGGCGUUGGCCGCCUUCACCACUAUGGAAAGAGGAGUGCUGAGGCAGAUCCUGAGCCUGGAUACAGGCGUUAUGGUGGGAUCGGAGGAAUAGGUGGUGGCUUUGGAGGAUUUGGUCGUAGCUUCGGUGGAUAUGGACGAUAAUUUUUUAUUUUUUUGUCUCAGUAUAAAGCACAUAAUAAAGCACAUUUUCACAAUAA